AUGCCAGCCAAGAAGGCAAUACAGAAGAAGGGUGGUCAGGCUACGAGGUCACCCAAGCAGGUGCCAGUAGCCAUAUCAUCCUCUGAGGAUGAGGAGGGGCCUUCUUUACAGGACUUGGAAGCCAAGAUUGAAGCCAUGGAGAAGGCCAAGGCUGAGAAGCAGAAGAGGGGUGAUGCUGGCAAGUCUGGGGCAGAUGCCCUACCUAAGCACACCAGUAUGAUGCCGAAAAACUACCAGAACAUCCUGUCACUGUUAUUUGCUGUAAAGGAGAUAAACGAGAGCCCUACAAUGUUACCUAAUGUCACUAUAGGCUUUCAUGUCUGUGACCAAAACUAUAAUUUACAGAAGACUUUUCAUGGCACCAUGAGCCUACUUUCUACAAAGCACAAAUUUGUCCCCAACUACAAGUGUGAUGUCCAGAACAAUCUGAUAUCUGUUAUUGGCGGACUUAUCCCUGAGACCUCCAUCAACAUGGCCACCAUCUUAAAUGCAUACAAGAUCCCACAGCUCACUUAUGGCUCGUUUGCCUCAGGAAUGAGUGACCAAACAUUACUUUCUUGCUUAUACCAAAUGGUUCCCAAUGAACAUCACCAAUAUACUGGAAUUGUCCGAUUGCUUCUGCAUUUCAAAUGGACAUGGAUCGGGUUCUUUGCUUUGGCUGAUGAAAAUGGAGAACGGUUUUUGCAAGCAAUGGUUCCAAUGCUUCCCCAGAAUGAUAUAUGCAUUGCCUUUGUAGAAAGAACUCCAAAAAGUAAUUAUUAUGAUGACACAGUAAUCUUAUUUUUAAGUCAGAUGAAGAAAUUUCCAGCUGUCAUGAAGAAUAAAGCCAAUGUGUUUGUUGUAUAUGGCACAUUUCCUUCCAUGCUAGUAUUGACUGGGAUGUUUCAUUGGACGGUCCUAGAUUCACCUAGAGGUAAGGUAUGGAUUGUGACAGCACAUUGGGAUUUCAGAUCAACUAUCAGUGAGAGAGACCGUGGUAUACAACAAUUCCAUGGUGCCUUAUCCCUCACAGUUCACUCAAGAGAUCUAUUGGGAUUUAGAGAUUUUCUUCAGCAAGUACAUCCUUCUUGGGCCAAAGAAGAUGGUUUUAUCUGGGACUUCUGGGAGCAGGUCUUCAGAUGUUCAUUGAAAAAAACCAGUGUUGGUGAGGGUGAGGAAAUCAAAGAAGUCUGUACUGGGGAAGAGAAGCUGGAGAAUCUUCCUGGACCUUUAUUUGAAAUGAGCAUGACAGGCUACAGCUACAGUAUCUACAAUGCUGUCCAUGCUAUUGCACAUGCUCUCCAUGCUAUGUAUGAAACCAGAAACAGACUCCAAAAAUGGAUGGUUAGAGGGAAUCUGGGGCCUUGGAAUCCACAACCAUGGCAGCUUCAUCCCUUUCUGAGGACCAUCACAUUCAACAACAGUGCCAAAGAGACAGUGCAAUUUAAUGAAAACAGGGAAAUAUUUGCAGGGUUUGAUGUUACAAACUGGAGGACAUUCUCAAACAACUCUUUUACUAGAGUACAAGUUGGAAGUCUGGAUCUUGCUGGCAAGGAGUUAACUAUUCAUGAUGAAAUCAUUGUGUGGCAUAGAAUAUUUAACCAGACACUACCUAUUUCUGUGUGCAAUGACAACUGCCAUCCUGGCUUCAGCAGGAUAAGGAAGGAAGGGAAGCCAUUCUGCUGUUAUGACUGUGUUCCAUGUCCAGAAGGGAAGAUUACUGAUAAGAGAGAUAUGGAUAUCUGCAUCAUAUGUCCAGAAGACUAUUAUGCAAAUCCAGACCAGGAUCAAUGCAUUCCCAAGGUUAUCAGCUAUCUCUCAUAUGAAGAACCUUUGGGGACCAGUUUAGCUUUGUCAGCUGGUUGUUUAGCUCUGACCACAAUUUUGGUGCUUGGGGUCUUCAUAAAGCACCAGGAGAUGCCCAUCGUCAAAGCCAACAAUCGGAGCCUCACCUACGUUCUCCUUGCUUCCCUCUUUUUCUGCUUCCUCUCCUCCUUGCUGUUCAUUGGACAGCCUGUGGAAGUGACCUGCCUCCUUAGACAAACUACCUUUUGCAUCAUUUUCUCUGUAGCCCUUUCUAGCAUUUUGGCCAAAACCAUCAUAGUCGUAUUAGCAUUUCUGGCCACCCAACCAGGAUCCAGAAUGAAGAAAUGGUUGGGGAAAGGACUGGCAACUUCCAUUGUUCUUUCCUGCACUUCCAUUCAAGCAGGCAUUUGUAUUCUUUGGCUAUGUACUUCACCUCCAUUCCGAGAUAUGGACAUGACCUCAUUGAAUGGAGAAAUCAUAUUAGAAUGUAACGAAGGGUCAAUCUUUAUGUUUUGUUGUGUCCUGGGUUAUAUGGGCUUCCUGGCCAUUGUCAUCUUCAUUGUGGCAUUCUUUGCCAGGAGAUUGCCUGACUGUUUCAAUGAAGCUAAAUUUAUCACUUUCAGCAUGUUGGUGUUUUGCAGUGUUUGGAUCUCCUUUAUUCCAACCUAUCUGAGCACCAAGGGGAAAUACAUGGUGGCUGUAGAGAUCUUCUCCAUUUUAUCCUCCAGUGCUGGUCUUCUAGGCUUUAUAUUCUCCCCUAAAUGCUACAUCAUUGUGAUGAGACCCAAGCUGAACAACAAGGAGAGGCUGAUGAGGAAAAAUCAGUAG